AUGGUCUCGCAGCAGGAAAUCCGUCGUCGGUCCUCGGCCGCCGACAGGACCUCUCCCGUGCAUGAAUCCACGACCCCUGAGGCCACUGUCGCUACCUCCACCACCUUCUCUCCGCCCUCUGACCUGGCACGCGCCCACUCGCGGACCCAGACCCAACACAUCGACACCGUCAGGGCAGAGGAUGCCACCAGGAGACUACACAAGAGCAGCGGCAGCGACGCGGACAUGAUGCCGCCGCCGCCCAUACCCGGCGACAGUGGCGCGGGAGCCUGCCUGUCGCGGUCCAACUCGGCGGCUUCCCGCAUCACGAACCGCCUCUCCUUAACGCUACCCAUUGCUCCCCCGACGAGCGACCCGUCACGGCCGGCCCACCGGUCUGGAGCGGGCACGCCGUCCAUACCCCCGACUCCCGCCGAGCAGUCGACUGUCGCCUCACCUCCCGACGCCAACGAGUUCAUAAUAGCAAUCGCGGCUCAGGAGCGUCGGGUGCUGGAGCUACGGGAAGAGUUGGCCCGGGCAGAGGCGGACCUCUCGUCGCUCAAGAAGCAAUGGACGGCCACGGGGUCAUAUCACAAGAGACCCGUGGGCCACCACCACCACCAUCCAGACACCCCCCGAAAAGCCACGCCUGGGGCUUCCCUCGACGACGACAACGCCGCAUCACGGCGUAGCGGGGACUUGGACCGCAGGAAGACGCUGCUCCAAAACCAGGGCCAGAGCACCCCGACGCAGAAUCGUAGACGGGUCAUCCGUGGCGGACACACGCGCACUCUGUCUCUACUGUCACCAGCCAAGCCACCCUCAGAAUUCUCCGUGCUCGAAGACGGCGGCGCGGAGGAGCCCAAAGUCCCGCCCAUGACUCGGACAGCGACCAUGCCCUCGAGUCCAGCGCUAUCGAAGCGGUCGUCGUGGCAGCCACGAUCGACCAACGACUCUCCGAUGAUGCCGUGGCUUGUCGAGGACUUUAAGCUGGGGUUGAAGGCGUUUGUGGAAGACAUUCGCCAGAUUACCGUUGGAGACGAGCCCAUUACGGGACAUGCCAGCCGGACUACACCAACCAUGCAGAACGGAUCGGCGGCCAGCAAACGGUCGUCGGGUGGCCUGGAAAGGAGAGCGACCGUUCAGUCCUCGCGCCCGCGGGCCAGUCUUGGCCUGGGCCUGGACACGCCGAGCUCGGGCGCAUCGACACCGACCCCGAGCGGCAGACACACGGCGUCGGCAGCGCUCGAGAAGCCCAAGCCAAUUAAGAACAAGCGGUUCUCGUGGACGCCGCUGGGAUUCGACGCGGUAGACGACAGCGACUGGGCCAACUGGGACUCGCCGGGCCCGUCCAAGUCGCCGCGGUGGAGCGGAUCGACCAUCAACAGCGCGGGGCUCGAGGAGAUAGCGUCCAUCCCCGAGGCGGGCGAGGAGAAGUCGACACCGGUGAAGAACAGGUCGAUAACGGGGGAGGCGCCGCUGCUGUCGCCGCAGAAGCUCGAGGAGAUUCUCCCCAGCGUGGUGAACAGGCUGUCGCCGAGCAACCUCAAGCGCACGGCCAACAGCCUAAUGGACGAGUGGGAGAAGUCGCUCGUGGCGCCCGGGGCGGGCGACAAGGAGAACGAGGCGUGA